AUGUUGUCCAAGUUAGUCCUCGCUCUGGCUGCUGCCCAGAGUGCAACCGCCCACUUUGGACUUACAUACCCUGCAUGGAGGGCCGAUACGCUCGCCGAGGCCAAUGAAGCCAAGUACAGCCAAUGGACAUAUCCAUGCGCCGGCGUGCCCUACAAGUCCGGCAACGUGACAGACUGGCCCAUCGGCGGCGGCUCUCUGGUCGUGGACCUCCACCACCCGUGGACAUAUGUCUUUGUGAACCUGGGCCUGGGCGAAAACGCAACCAACUUCAACAUCUCGCUCACGCCGCAGUUCUGGAACGCCACCGGCAAGGGAACCCUGUGCGUCGAGAAGCUCCCUGUGCCGGUUGACGUGAAGGAAGGUACCCUGGCGUCUCUGCAGGUUGUGACGUCGGGGGCCAGCGGCUCCGCCUUGUACAACUGUGCAGAUAUUCGCUUCACCAAGGAUGCCAAGGCGUUGAGCAACUGCACUACCACAAAGGGUAUUACGGUGCAGAAUGUCACUCAGCAGCAGAGUGGCGGCAGUGGCGGCUCAAGCGGUAACUCUUCCACGAAUGGUACGUCUGACGGCAAGCCCAAGGAUAGUGCUGGUACGGCAAUGGGAGCCAACAUCAUAGCUUUGGUUACGGUUGUUGCACUGGCGUCUGGAUUUGUCAUGGGUCUGUGA